UUAAUAGGCAAAAUACGCUAGGGCGAUACCAUAUAAACUACUGUCAUUGUUCGUUUGACUUUUGGUACAAGUUGUUACUGAAACUGCCGUGAUUUCCGCAUUUUUUUUUCUUGCCAGUUGCAUUUAAAGGCGCAGACGCAGCUGUUGUCAUGGCGUACCAGGCUGGGUUUCCUGAUCCCAGCUCUUUGGUCAACAGCAUCACCUCCAACAUUCAGAGACUCACCCUGCUCACCAAUGAGCUUCAGAGGGCAGUGUCUCUUGUUGGAACAGACCAGGAUGACAGCCAGCUCAGAAACUCACUGCAGCAGAAACAGCAGCAGGGGAACCAGCUGGCCAAAGACACAGACAAACAGAUCAAGGCUUUUGCUGCUCUGCCUGUGGGUCCUGACCAGAGACAGAGAAAACUCCAAAAAGAGCGGCUUUUGAACGAGUUCUCAGCAGCUCUCAACAGUUUCCAGAAAAUCCAACGCCAAGCAGCCAACAAGGAGAGGGAGUAUGUGGCCAGGGUCAGAGCCUCAUCCCGGCUGUCUGUGCCUCAGUCUGGGGGAGGUCAAGCCGAUGAUGGUUUCAGAAAUGUACCUGCAUUUUCUAGUGAGUUGCAGCUGCAAGCGGAGAUGGAGGCCAUGACUGAAGAGGACUUGAGACUGAUACAGGAGCGAGAGCAAGCCAUCAGACAGCUGGAGUCGGACAUUGUGGACAUUAAUGACAUCUUUAAAGACCUGGGUAUGAUGGUGCAUGAGCAGGGAGAGCUGAUCGACAGUAUAGAGGCCAACGUAGAGAGCACUGACCAGAACAUCCACAGAGGCAUGCAGAAUCUGGCGCGGGCCGCAGACUACCAGCUCACGGAAGAAGAUCUGCAUACUGAUCACUAUUGCGGUGGUGGUUGCCGUGGCGAUUGGCCUCAUCAUCUGGGGCUCAGUGAGCAAUGUGUUUUAGACCUGUUCAUCCCCUCUCUGAGACUGUGUAUUUGGUUCUGUUAGGAGUGUAUACAUAUCAUAGUCCAUUGGACUCUACUGCACUGCUAAUGACACAGUCACCAAAAUUAUUAUUGUAAUCAUAUAAAAUGGUGCAAUGAUUUAUUAGGCCACAAAGGUUGCCAUGAAAAUUAUUAUUACCCAAUUAAUUGGGUUGUCUCAAAAUUAAAUCUGGCACAAACCAAACCGAUGGCACUUACGUUGAAAGAGUCAUCAGCAACCCAUGUACGUUCAUCUGCGUCGCUGUUUUGUUCGUGUGGGUGCUUCAUCUUUAGCUCUGCCCAAACAACUGCUGUGAUGUGAUUGGUCCAAUCUGUCUGCUGAAGGAGACGUUCAAGAUGGAUUCUGGAGUUUGUGAACUCACAAGUAUCACACACAUUCAUGUAAAAUUAGGGGAACAAUCAGGGAUUAUCUUCACUCAUAAUUUCAGUCAUAGUUUUAUAAUAUGCAUCAAUGAAGGCCAUUCAACUGAAUAGAACUCUAGAGGUCACGUAGCAACAGCUGUCUGGGCAUUUACUACCGCCAUCUUGUGACUGUGGGAUAAUUGUUGGAUUCCAUGGACUAUUAAUGUCCUCUAGAGGUCUAAUACAUCUGCGAAUACCUACUAUUUCUGUGAUUUUUUUUUUUACAGAUAAGUACUAUUAUUUUUAUUAUAUUGUUACUGAAACAUUAAUCAGAUCAUUCAGAUUUUACUUUUUCACUCCAUUGUGUUACUGUAAUUUCAAAUGAUUUAAGUAGCAUUUUCCAAUUAUUAAUGAACUUAAGAGUUAUUGUAAAAGUUUAUGUUAAGACUCCUGUUUUGUAUCUUUUGAAGAUGAUGUUAUCUGCCAUUAACCAUUGUAUGUAGUUGUAUAAUCCCAUAUGAUUAUUUAAAUGGUGGCAUGUUUCUUGUACAUAUUUCUGAUAACUUCCUGAGAAGAUUUCUGUGUCCAUUUUCAUGUUAUUUUCGUGGUAAUAAGUCACUAAAGCAUUAUUUAUUCCAUAGAAGUGAGAAAUCUCAACUGUCUGUUCUGUCCAUAGAAUACAGUGUACUCUACCAAAAUUGAAAGUUUUACAUUUUUACUCAAAUUGUCAACAGAAAACAUGAUUUGUCCUGGUUUAGUUCUUAUUUUAGUAUGGUUUAGUGUUUGGUUUAGUCCUGGUUUAUUCUCAGAUUUUUUUUCUCUGAUUUAGUCCGGGUUUAUUUUUUGAUUUUGUCCUGGUUUAGUCCAUAAAUCCCUUAAAGGCUUUCAAUAUAACUGGAGAGCACUGUAUAUCGACCCAAAUACCAGCACUUGACCUAUAGCUGUUACUGCUACCUCUUUAUACUGUUUGAACUGAUCUUUAAGAACAAACCUGUUUUCUACUGUAACUGUACUGCAUUCUGCAUGAUUAAUACAUAAAUAAAAUACUUUAUAAACUA